UGUAGUCCGCAUCUCGGGGCGGGGGGGUCACUUUCCAGAGACCCGGCCUCGCCGGCAUGGCGGUGCCUGUUCGGAGCGAGUUCGUUUACUCUGUGCUGUGGCCAGGGCGGGGGUCUGGGCUGUAGGCAGUACUUACGCCAGGUUCUCUAGUUUGGGGCCAAAGUGCAGAAACUACUGUCACGAAGAUUAAUGUGAUAGGUUUAAGUCCCUGAAACGCUGUGAUCUGGUACAGAUAGCGUUUAGUUCCACAAUGUUUGGGAACCUAUUUGAAGAGGACUAUUCCAGUGUGUCAAGUAGUCAGUAUGGAAGCGGGAAGAAAUUAAAGACUAAAGGUUUGGAGCCACCUGCCCCUAGAGAAUUCACCAAGUUAAGUGGAAUCAGAAAUCAGGGUGGAACCUGUUACCUCAGUUCCCUGCUUCAGACACUUCACUUCACACCUGAAUUCAGAGAAGCUUUAUUUUCUCUUGGUCCGGAAGAGCUCGGUUCUCUAGAGGAUAAGGAUAAACCCGAAGCAAAGGUCCGGAUCAUACCUUUGCAGUUGCAGCGCUUGUUUGCCCAGCUUCUGCUCGUGGACCAGGAGGCUGCAUCCACCACAGACCUCACUGACAGCUUCGGGUGGACCAGCGAUGAGGAAAUGAGACAACACGAUGUGCAGGAACUCAACCGAAUUCUCUUCAGUGCUUUGGAAACUUCUUUAGUUGGGACCUCUGGCCAUGACCUCAUUCAUCGUCUAUACCAUGGCACCAUUGUGAACCAGAUUGUUUGCAAAGAGUGUAAGAAUGUCAGUGAGAGGCAGGAAGACUUCUUGGAUUUGACAGUAGCAGUCAAAAACGUAUCUGGUUUAGAAGAUGCACUCUGGAACAUGUACGUGGAGGAGGAAAUUUUCGACUAUGAUAACUUGUACCACUGUGGAACCUGUGACCGGCUGGUGAAAGCAGCAAAGUCUGCCAAAUUACGUAAGCUGCCUCCUUUUCUUACUAUUUCAUUACUAAGAUUUAAUUUUGAUUUUGUGAAAUGUGAACGCUACAAGGAUACUAGCUGUUAUACAUUCCCCCUCCGGAUCAAUCUCAAGCCUUUCUGUGAACAGAGUGACAUGGAUGACAUGGAAUAUAUGUAUGACCUCUUCUCUGUCAUUAUCCACAAAGGUGGCUGCUAUGGAGGUCAUUACCAUGUGUACAUUAAAGACGUUGAUCAUCUCGGCAACUGGCAAUGUCAAGAGGAGAUAAGUGAUUCAGCUGUGAAUUUGAAAGCUCCUCAGAAUGAAGAAGAGACUGAUGAUCCACUGGUGGUUCUAAAAGCAAUCUUAUUGCAGGAGGAGGCCAAUCAAAUUCCUGUUGAUCAGCUGGGCCAGAAACUCUUGAUAAAAACAGGAAUAUCUUGGAACAAGAAGUACAGGAAACAGCAUGGACCACUGCGAAAGUUCUUACGGCUCCAUCCUCAGGUAUUUCUGCUCAGCACAGAUGAAAGUACAGUCAGUCUCCAGAGAAGCCAUUUUCCCCAGGUCCCGUCUGAUCCACAGAGCCAUGAACAGAUUGCACACACACUUGCUUCAGAACCCCCAGGCUUAAGGGAUAACAUCAGUUGCCCACACUGGUUUGACAUCAAUGAUUCCAAAGUCCAGCCAAUCAAAGAGAAAGAUAUCAUGCAGCAGUUCCAGGGUAAAGAAAGUGCCUACAUGCUAUUUUAUCGGAAAGCCACGCUGCAGAGACCCUCUGAAGCUCAAGCCAAUCCAAGAUACAGAGUUCCCUGUCAUUUACUAAAGGAAAUGGAUGCAGCCAACGUUCUCCUGCAGACGAGAAGGGCAGAAUGUGACUCUGCAAACAGUACUUUUGAGUUGCAUCUCCACUUGGGUCCUCACUACCGUUUCUUCAAUGGGGCUCUUCACCCUGCAGUCUCUCAGACUGAGAGCGUGUGGGACUUAACAUUUGAUAAAAGAAAAACUGUAGGAGAUCUCCGUCAGUCAAUAUUUCAGCUAUUGGAGUUCUGGGAAGGAGACAUGGUUCUCAGUGUUGCGAAGCGUGUGCCAGCAGGACUUCAUGUGUACCAUACCCUCGAUGGAGAUGAACUGACACUGGGUGAAGCUGAAAUCGCUGAUGAGGAAGACAUCUUUGUAUGGAAUGGGGUGGAGGUUGGUGGAGUCCAAAUUCAGACUGGUUUUGACUGUGAACCUCUGCUGUUACACAUUCUUCAUCUAGAGUUAAGUGGGGAAGGCUCAGAGUGUGAGCAGUUGGUGGAGUCGCCACAUGUCUUUCCCGCUAAUGCCGAAGUGGGCACUGUGUUCACAGCCUUGGGCACCCCAGAAGGCGUCCUCCUCAUGAACAGUGUGGAAUCUACAGAUGAAGAGUGCUGGACUGCUAUUCCCCAAGAAGACAUGAAGAAGACAUUCAGAGAGCAAGGUCUCAGAAAUGGAAGCUUAAUUUUGGUUCAGGAUUCAGACAGUGAUGAUAACAGUCUGUUGUCCAAACAAGGGAGAUGGACCAGCAGCAUGAAUGAGCUCAACUGGCUCCAAGUGAAAAACUUCUGCCAGUCAGGAUCUGAAGAGAAGCAGGUUCAGAUAGCCGUGACCAUGCACACAGUGGUGUUUGAUAUUCGAAUUAAAGCCAUAAAGGAAUUAAAAUUAAUGAAGGAACUAGCUGAGAACAGCUGUUUGAGACCCAUUGAUAGAAACGGGAGGCUCCUUUGUCCAGUACCAGAUACCAGCACUUUGGAGGAGGCAGAGGUGAAGAUGGGGAGCUCCGUGGGACUGUGUCUGGGGAAAGCACCAACUUCCUCUCAGCUGUUCCUGUUUUUUGCUCUGGGGACUGACAUUCACCCUGGGGCAGAGCUGGAAGUCAUAGUAGAAGAAACACUCUCAGUGAGAGAUUGUUUAAAGAUAAUGCUGGAGAAGUCAGGUCAGCAAGGAGAGAUGUGGCACUUAAGGAAAAUGGAUUGGUGCUAUGAAGCUGGUGAGCCUUUAUGUGAAGAAGAUGCAACAUUGAAAGAGCUUAUGAUAUGUUCUGGGGACACUUUGCUGUUAACUGAAGGAAAACUGCCUUCUCCGGGGCACUUGAAGAUGCCCAUCUGGUGGUACCAGCCUGAAAGGCUGUCAGGACACCGUGAGAGCUGGGACCACUUAAACUGUGCCUUUUCUCAAGGUAGCAGCUGGGGAGCUGCUCCCACCCAAGGUGCUCCUGGCCCUGAGCCUGCAGAAGUCUCUCUCCUCUACUUGGGAGAUAUGGAGAUCUCAGAAGAGGCCACUUUGGCAGAACUGAAGUCUAAGGCCUUGGCCUUGCCUUCUGUGUUGAAGCUCGCCGUCCAGUCCACAAGCCUGCUUAGAGUCUGGACAGUGGAGAGCAAGCGCCCCAGCAGGCUCUUGCGCACUGGUUGGCGGCAGCUCAAGGAGUACAGACUGGGCCGGAGAACUGAGCUCUGCUUAGAGCUCCUUCAAAAGGAGGAGGACUUGGGCCCCCGGGAUGUACUGCUGAGGACACAGCUACGCAUCCCUGGUGAGAGAGCCUACUCCCUGGCCAAAGACCUAGUAUGGGACACCACCAGAGGAUGGACUGCUGGCUCCUUGAGGCAGAGAGUGGCUGACUUCUAUUCUCUUCCUGUGGAGAAAAUUGAAAUUGCCAAAUAUUUUCCUGAAAAGUUUGAGUGGCUUCCAAUAUCUAGCUGGAAUCAGCAAAUUGCCAAAAGGAAAAAGAAGAAAAACCAAGAUACUUUGCAAGGGGGACCAUAUUACUUAAAAGACGGAGACACUAUUGGCAUUAAGAAUCUCUUGUUUGAUGACAAUGAUGAUUUCAGCACAAUCAGAGAUGACAUUGGAAAGGAAAACCAGAAGCGGACAGCUCUGGAGAAAAAGAAAAGCCGAGAAGUCCAACGUACACAGAGCAGCGAUGUGUUCUCCAAUUCAGGAAUGCCUACUAGGCCCCGGGGACCAGAAGCUUCUCUGUCCAUCCAUGUUGCGAGCUUCAGAUAGCCCCUGCAGCAGUAUGUCCUGUGUUCCAGAUAGAACCGUCCUGUCAGUUCUAUGACAGAAACCUUGUGGGCUUAUAGUGGACAAGCUGGUUGCCUCCACAGCCAGUGAUCUCAAGUCUUCAGCUUUGUGACAGGCUAAGGGACAGCACUUCUCAGAUCAAGCAGGUGCAGCUGACCCCAGGCACUGUGCCAACUGGAAUACAUCUCCCAUGCCUGAUCUUAGUGGCCUCUCCUGAAAGCAUACUUCUGGACAAUGGCAAGUUGUUCAAAGAGGACAAUUCUGAUAGGUAAGACACAAGGUCAGUUACCUACCCAUUCUUGAGGUGACCAGUUAGUCAUCUAGUUCUGACACCUCACUGAAGCUGCAACGGAAGGAUGUGUAUCUUGACUUCAUUCCCAGUUCUAGCCCUCACUAUGCCAUGCGCCUCCUCUUGGGCCAAAUUUAAAGUGGGACUCUUAAGACAGCUGUGCAAGAAGAGCUGCGUGUGGCAUCAACUGCCCUGUUGUCUACCACUUACACACUCUGGCAAGAGGCAGGACCAUCAAAGAAGCCUAGCACAACAAAUCCAGGCUCCCAGUUGUCCUAGGCAAACUGAGGCCUCUUCCUUCUCAGUCAGCACAGGUAACUGAAGAGAUAUGGUGUUUAUGUACUGUAAUUAAUAUACUGUCAAAACAGCAUCAGCUACUGAACUGGCAGGUUAGGCCUGGGCUGACUUAGCCUAUGACAGUAUUCCUAAGAGGGUAUCGGUUUCUUACCGACUCUGCCAUGUCUUCAUGUAACAGAACUGAGGUGGUGUAAGACAAGGAAAAGUUACUUUGGCCUGGGCUCAGCUGGCCCUUGCUGGCUAAAAGCUUUUCAUAUUCUGCUGUUAGCCAUACUGGCUUCUCUGUGGAGCUGCUGAUCAGCACGUAAUCCUGCUCUUCCUUUGUCUUCCCAACACCAUCUGCCAGAGUUGGCAGCGUCGUGUUAGGUGGCUGCUUCUAUUGAAGCACUUGGAUUAGAAGAUGUUGGACUUGGAUUGGUUACCUUUUCUGGCCAUGUCCUUGUAGCUACACCCCAAGGGGUUCUGGGAGACCCAGAUAGUAAACAUUACUUGACCACAACUGAGUCCUCUGGGUACUGGCUACUGUUUCUUGUACUGUAACUGACAUAGUUCCUUAGUUUGUUCUUUCACCCCAGCCCUGACAAUAUAGUACUAGCUCAGAUACCUUGCUUUCAGGAAGCCAGAAGCUCCCUGACCCUCUCAGUACUUAGAGAAGCCAGAAGCCAUGCCUCAAGUGCUGGCUGCAGCCCGAGUCUCUUGACAGGUCUUUCUAUUUGGUUGGUUUCUUGUUUGUUUUUAAUUGGGGGAUAGAAUAGACAAAACAGGGAAAAAACACUAAGAUUUUAUUAAAAAUAAACCAUUUUAAAGUUGCAGUCCUCAA